AAAAUAAAAAAAUGUAAUGGUCAAUGUUGGGUUACUCUGCUACUUGACCAAAAAUGAGAUAUAAUCUCCUCAGUUUACCCCGGUGGUGGCUGAGGAGAGGAGAGAGAAAAUGGCGCCCGCCAUAACUGUGGCUUCUUCUGCAAUAGACGCUCAAACUCCAUUUCUACCCUUGCAAGAAGAAACCGUCGAUGGCGCCGUUGACUACAAAGGCUGCCCCGCAAUUCGAUCCAAACAUGGUCGUUGGAGAUCUGCUUCUUUCAUCAUUGGGGUGGAGGUUGCAGAGAGAAUUGCUUAUUAUGGUAUAACAUCAAAUUUGAUUAGCUAUUUAACUGGACCGUUAGGUCAGUCAACGUCUACUGCAGCAGCAAAUGUCAAUGCUUGGAGUGGAUUUGGGUCUCUUUUCCCUGUUAUUGGUGCGAUUAUUGCUGAUUCUUUUCUGGGAAGAUAUCGCACCAUUGUUGUAGCUUCCUUCAUUUACAUCUUGGGGCUGGGCUUGUUAACUCUUUCAGCUGUGCUGCCCUUCAACAGUGAAGCGAACAGCAUGAAGACCAGAACUGGCAUGUUGUCUGAUUCAGUUCCUUUCCAAACAAUUUCAAUAUUUUUCUCUCUAUAUCUUGUGGCCAUUGGGCAAUCUGGUCAUAAGCCUUGUGUCCAAGCUUUUGGAGCAGACCAGUUUGACGGACAAGAUCCCCAGGAGAGCAAAGCCAAAAGUUCAUUCUUCAAUUGGUGGUACUUGGGCAUGUGUCUUGGUCCAUUGCUAGUAAUCUCCGUCUUAAACUACAUUCAGGAUAAUGUUGGUUGGGGCCUUGGAUUUGGGAUUCCUUGCAUCAUUAUGACAAUUGCUUUAGUGAUAUUUUUGCUUGGGAGUCAGACCUAUAGGUAUGUAAUCUCAAGUGAAGAGCGAAGUGCAUUUGUGAGGAUUGGAAGAAUAUUUGCCACAGCAGCAAGGAAUUGGCGUAUAAAACAGUCAGCAAUUGAUGUUGAAGAAGAAGUUCAGGGAUUCUUUCCUUCCCAAGGCUCUGAACAAUUUCGGUUCUUGGACAAAGCUCUUGUUGCUACUAGUAGUUCUGAUGAGGAUGGUAAAGCUUGUUGUAAGAGCGAGGUAGAAGAGGCAAAGGCAGUACUGAGACUGUUCCCUGUUUGGGCAACCAGCAUUGUAUAUGCUAUUGUCUUUUCACAAUCGUCAACUUUUUUCACCAAACAAGGUCUUACCAUGGAUAGAUCAUUAGGGUCUAGCUUUUCUGUUCCCCCUGCUUCAUUGCAGUCCUUUAUAAGCCUCUCUGUUGUUCUUUUUAUUCCCAUCUAUGAUCGUAUUAUAGUUCCUAUAGCAAGAGCUUAUACCGGGAAACCUGCUGGAAUAACAAUGCUACAAAGAAUAGGGACUGGGAUGUUUAUUUCCGCCGUCUCAAUGGUAAUUGCAGCUGUAGUUGAGAGGAAACGUCUUGAAACUGCUCUAGAACACGGCUUGGUUGAUAUGCCAAACGUUACAGUCCCAAUGAGCGUAUGGUGGCUGGUCCCUCAGUAUGUGCUAUUUGGUAUUUCAGAUGUUUUCACUAUGGUUGGCUUGCAGGAGUUUUUCUACGACCAAGUUCCUACCGAGCUGAGAAGUGUGGGUCUUUCCCUCUAUUUGAGUGUUUUUGGGACGGGUAGCCUUUUGAGCAGCUUCAUGGUCUCCUUCAUCGAUAAAAUUACUGGCAGCAAUGGGCAAGACAGUUGGUUUUCAAGCAACCUUAACCGAGGUCAUCUUGAUUAUUUCUAUUGCCUACUUGCUGGAUUCAGUGUCAUUGAAAUUACUCUUUUUGCAUAUUUUGCAAAGUCUUACAUAUACAAUAGAAAGACGACUAUAUAAAAUGAUAGUAGAAAGUCUAGUUAGCAAAUUGUAAGACUUAAGGGUGAGACUGUAGGUAUUAGAUCCUAGGAUCGAAACCCGUCACUUCCGUAAUGUAUCAUAUAGCCUGUUAUACUAUAUUCUAUUAUGAGCUUCCGAGGAGGCCUAAAGAAAGAAAAAGGGGACGAAUCGGUUGGUUUCCCUGAUUAAAGCUCUUUAUAGUUUUUGAUUACCUUGUAUUCAAGAUCUUUACAAAUGUAUAGUGUCAAUUUUGGUUCGGUUAAUGACAGUGGAAUAUAGUUUUAUACUUUUAUAUA